AUGCCGGCCGCCCUCCGCGCCAUCCUCGCGUCGUCGACCCCUCUCCCGGAGCGCGCGAUCCCCUCAGCACAAGCCCUCCUCCUCACCUCCGGCCUCGCCGACGACGCCGCCGUCCUCGCGCAUUUCGCCAGGCACUUCGUCUCUGCGAGACGCGCGCCCGCGGACGCCAUCCACGCGCUGCUCCGCCUCCGCCCACGCCCGCGCUGCGCGCACCCGUUCAACGCUCUCAUCUCCCACCUCACCCUCUCCGGCGAGCCCUCCGCCGGCUUCCGCGUCUUCGCGGUCCUGGCCGCGGGCGGAGACGCCGGGCGGCCCGACGGGUACACGCUCCCCGCCGCGCUCAAGGCGUGCGCGCGGCUCGGUGGCGGCCUCCGCGAGGGCCGACAGGCGCACGCGGUCGCGGAAAAGGGCGGGUUCCUGGGGCGCCUGCCAGUCCGGAACGCGCUGGUCACGCUCUACGGGGCGUGCGGGGAGUGUGGCGACGCGAGGAAGGUGUUCGAUGAAAUUGCGAGGCCGGACGUCGUGUCCUGGACCGCACUUGUGUCUGCGCUCAUCAGGGGCGGGCGGUUCGACGAUGCUCUCAGAUUAUUUGGCGAGAUGGAUGUCCCACCAAACGAGGGGACAUUGGCUAGCGCGCUCGUCGCAUGCGGGAGGCUGGGGGAUGCGAGGUCCGGGAAGGCCGUGCAUGGGUGGUAUCUCAAACGGGAGAGGGAGAUGAAAGUCAUUGUUGGAAACGCAGUGUUAAAUAUGUAUGUCAAGUGCGAGAAGUUGGAUCUUGCAAGGCGGGUGUUCGACGGCCUGCUGGCGAGGGACAUCGUUUCUUGGACGGUCAUGAUAAGUGGUUUGGUGAACUGCAGGCUUCCAAGUGAGGCAUUGGAGCUGUUCAAUGAGAUGCAAACAUCAGGGGUGAAGCCGGACAAGGUUGUUCUCUCUACUGUCCUCUCAGCUUGCGCGAGCUUAGGCGCGCUGGAGUCUGGCAGGUGGGUGCAUCAAUAUAUAGAGAGGAAAGGCAUCGAGUGGGACGUGCAUGUGGGGACCUCAUUGGUUGAUAUGUACGCAAAGUGCGGGUGCUUGGAGACUUCUCUUUCAGUCUUCCAUAAGAUGCCCGUCAAGAAUGUAUCCUCUUGGAAUGCGUUGAUCAAUGGGUUCGCAUUGCAUGGUCAUGGUAGGGAAGCCCUUGAGUGCUUUGACAGGAUGGUGGCUUCAGGUUUGCCCCCCAACGAAGUCACCUUUAUAAUCGUACUUGGUGCAUGCUGCCACACUGGUUUGGUGCAACAAGGCCUCCUGUUGUUUGAGUCGAUGAGAAAUGAAUACAAUCUCUCGCCAUGGGAAGAGCAUUACGGUUGCAUGGUUGAUCUUCUUGGCAGAGCUGGGCUCAUCCAGGAAGCAUAUAGUUUAAUUAAGGUCAUGCCUAUGAAACCUGCUGUGUUCACGUGGGGAGCCCUGCUGAGUGCAUGUCAAGAUCAUGGGCGAGUUGAUAUUUCGCAGCAGAUUCUUAGGCAUGUUCAUGAGUUGGAGUCCUCUGGGACUGGGGUUUAUGUACUCCUCUCAAAUGUAUAUGCAGUGAAUGGUAGAUGGACUGAUGUAAAGAGGGUGAGAGGGCUGUUAAGCGAAAAAGGCUUGCGGAAGGAUCCAGGAUCCAGUGCCAUUGAGGUGAAUGGUAGGACCAUUGAGUUCAUAGUUGGACAGAAGAAUCAUCAAGAUAUGGAUGAGAUACGAGCAGUGCUUUCCACACUAAUGAAGCAAAUACAUUUGGAUGGGUUGUAGUUCUUCAGGCAGAUUCUCAGUUUUCAUUGGAGAUUAGAACUUAUGCAUUCAAAAAAAUCUACUUUGUCAGUUGGUCGAAGGGGGCCAUACACUUUAUGUGGCUCCGUCUACUUCUUUGGGUUAAUGGUGAUCAAUCUAACCUUGGCAUGUCUGCGGCAUGUUUAUAUACCAUUGAUUGUUGCCCAUGUGCAUAUGCAUUGUUUUUCUGGCAUUCAGUCUGAACAGCCAAAUGGAGUACAAAGUUGUCCAUACAUGAUUCAUGGUUGGUACCAGCCAUUACUGGGUGCCUUUGUAAUAUUCAACCUCUCUUCGGUUCUUGAACGUGAUUGACAGUGAAUCUCAGCAUCCUAAAUGGCAGAUGGAGGAAUGGACUCUGACCCUUACAAGGCACUGGAGUAAACUCAGACUGAGUUGUACAGUAACCAGGCAAGGCAAAAAGUUGCCAAACAUUAUAAAAAUCAGAUAGAGUUGAGACUGGUAGAGUUUCUGCUAUGCACUUAACUGCACCAAGAGAUAUGCACAGUUAAAUAUAUCAGCCUUGUAAAGACUGCUGGGGAUUAGUCUGUGAUGUUAUCUUGAAGCCUAGGAGGCCUGCAGCUUUCUGAAGGAAUAUCAUAAGGAAUUUGAGAUAUCAUUAGUUGUUGUGUUCUGCAUCCUGCACUUAACUUGUUAACUGAUCAAAGGUAUCUGCUUUUGAACAUGAAGGGGACAGUUGUUGGAUAUGCCGUAAUUAUAUAUUCCUCACUAAAGAAGAAGAGAAAGUGUUGUUGAAGAGGAUGGACAGUAAUGGUUUCCAUAUUUAUCUGAUGUAUCGCCUGCCUCCACAUCCAUUCUCCCUUUGGCAAUUGAAGAACACUGCUGCCACUGGAGGUCCAAGAGAAUAAAGUGCUGAGAAGUCUCUUGUAUUGAAAUUUUGUCUCCAUCCUGGUGCAUAUAUAGUUUGCUGGACAGAUUGACGGAAGAGUACAAACGCAAAGCGAUGUAUUCCUGCAGUUGGUUUUGGGCUUUCAUAACUGACAACUUCAUUUCCUGCAACAAAAUGUGCACUAAUAUGUUAACAUAGGUCAUUCUAGUAUGUAAAUUCGAAGUAAUUUCUGCCAUGAAUUGGUGUGAAAGACAGUACAAUGUGCUGCUUACUAUCCAGUGUUAGAUACGUGCUGAGAACAACUGAAGUGCAUGUACUCCAAAAUCUCAUGUUAUGGAAAAGAGGUUGCGUACUACUUUUAACAAGACAAAUAGUAAUGUCGAGUUUGACUUCUGAUAUUGGAGCUUCUGUAGUUCAAGCGCAAGCUUAUUUGGCUAGAACGCAAAUAUACCUCCUCAAUAUUGUUCAAUGCAGUAAUGACAGACUUAUGGACUUACCAGAGUGUAAAGGUUCCUCAUGUCGCGCCCAGCAAUUUCAAUCCUUGGUUCAUUUGCUACUUGUGACGGCUUGAGCUCAGACCCAUUGGUUAGUACCUUGCUGUUGUAUAUAACCUUUAGUGAUGCUGCUUUGACAAAUGGGUCCAAAAUAUCCCCAACAACAUGUCCUAUGGCAAGUGCCUCUGACAUGGUUUAGUGGUGAUUAACAAUCUUCAGGAAUUGAGUAAGAAUAGGUUGUGGUAUGGGCAAGCUAACUUAGUUUGAAAUGUGAACUUGGGUGAACUAAUGAGUGCAGCUGCAUGCCCUAUAUAUACUAACAAUCCAAGUGCUGAAGGCAUUCAUGAUAUCAGGAGUUACGAGCUCCAGACGUCUUGGAAUCUAACUUUAAGGUAUAUAAUAUGAUAUUAGUCGCUAUCACUGGAAAUAUUUAGUCUGUCUACUCUCUAAGCCUACACAAAAUGGAAGGAGUGUCCAAUGCAAUUCCACAUCGAUGGAAUAAAAUCUGAUGGCCACGCUCACUUAUUCCCUAUAUCUGGAACCGUAGGCAUGAUACAUUCCUAGUGAAAAGUUGAUUGCCUUUUGACUUGUCUUUCAGAUUGACAACUUAUGGUCUUCAUUCUCAACAGGAACUUUCUCUCCCUCUUCCUCAACAAUAGUAGUAGGCAAAUGGGAUGAGUAUGCAUCAACAAGUCAGUAUUUUCCAACGUUAUGUUUCAUCGUGGUAUACAAGUUAGAGAUAAUACUAUAAAUUAUUUUAUGUUAAUGGUAUUGCAGCCAGGAUCAACAAAUUGAUAUGAAUGGCAAAGACGUUUUUAUGAUUGGUUGGGAAUAUUAUGAUACUACAAUGAUAUAAAGUGGUUACUGGAUUUCUAUUGACACCUGUUCAUUUGACGUCUCUCAAUAUAAUUGUCUUGAUAGUGCUGCAAUUGGAGCGCAGACCUCUUGAGCUGUACUGAAGAAUCCUCUGUGAUUUCUCAUAAUCAUUGACGUAAAGGUUCCAGAAAUUGGCGAGGAAGCUCACAAGUCACAACCAGCCUUCAUAUAGCAUUUGGAGCAAAGGAAAACGAACAACUGUAAGGAAAAGGCACGGAGCAGGAAAGGCAAAGAGCUGAGUUACGUGGAAGAAGCGAACGUCAGGCUUGAGUAAAGAAUAAUCCGUGGACCUAACUGUAGCUGGCAUGAUAAUCUUGACUGGAGAUGGAAGAGAACAAUGCGCCAUCCCCCUUUCACGUGGCUCAGCAUCCCAUUCGGCGUUCGCCCGCGGCCGAUGGGACUCGCCGAAAUAAUGGGUCGCCGCCGUCGCCGGCCGGCCGGAAUUCUAGAAAUGGACUACUGAGAAUCGCCGGGACAUGAUCGUGAGAAGGCUAAGCUGCCGAAAACGGCAGAAAAGAUUGUUCUCCUGCCAUUGGCUCAUUCGGAUCAGAAAACGACACUUGUUCGUACCGAAAAUCAUUGUCCGGAUUGUUCUUCUCCAUGCCAUUGGCUCGUUGGAUCAGAAAACGACGCUAGUUUGUACUGAAAAUCAUUAUAUCUCUGCUGGGAUACAUGGAUAUCGAUUGAUGGCAAAGAAAACGUACGUACGUGGACAGCAACUGUCCUCUUGCU